CACACACACACACACGGAUGAGGUAAUGUUUGUCCCCUUCAGGUCCGUAGACCAGGCUUGCUGCCUCCUCACCCUAAAAUGGAGCGUCCCACAAGCUCAGGCGAGCUCAGUCCCUCUCCUACGCUGUGUCCCUCCGUGUGUGCAGCUGUCCAUCUGGGCAGGCGUGCUCAUCCUGUGGCAAUGGGGAACAAGGAGACUAGUGUGAGUAUAUUGACACUCAUCGCAGAGUUCUGUCCAUGGCAGCGCCCGUGGAUGGGACAGGCUGACUUGUCAGCCCACAAGCGUGUGAGGCAGGGAGGAAAGGCAUGCACAGGCCAGGGUAUGUGUGCUGGAGGAAGAGGAAGCGGUUAGAGGGCAGUGGGAAGUAAAGAGAAGCCAUGGUGCUGAGAAAAUGUACACAAGACAGAGGAGAGGAACCUCCGAGAGUGUGAAGUCUGUGGAGCUGUCUCUGGCACGUGGAUAGACGGCUGGACCGAAAGAUGAAACAGGCUGGAUGGGAAGGGAGUGGUGGGCACACGAUGCCAUCCGGCCCCAGCUGGAGGUGGAGUUGGGUCAGAAGUGGACAUUGGUGGAAUUGUUGGACAGGAGCAGAGGGAGACUCCAGAUUCCAGACAGGAGCGAAGAAGAGCUUGAAUGCACUGGAGACACAGUUCAGAUGGCGGAACGUUCGACGAGCCUGUGUGAAGCCCUGAGUUCCGCCCCCAGCACCUCAUAAACCAGACACAGCGGAUCAUCCCAGACUUGGGAAGUGGAGGGGAAGGGAAGAGGAGCUCAAGGACUUUUUAACUCCAUAGCUAUUUGAAGUCCAGUCCAGGGUGUGUGGGCUCUGUCUCGACAACAGAAUAAACAAACGAACAAAAACAAAGCGGGGUGGGGGAUGAAGAAAUGGCUCAGUGCCUAAGAGCACACACCGCUCUUGCAGAGGACGUGAGUUCGAUUCCCAGCACCCACAGUGAUGGGCAGCUCAUGACUGCCUACAACUCCAGCCGCAGGGAGACUGGAGCUCUCUGGCCUCCCUGAGCACACAUACAUAAUUAAAAAGAAAGCUCUGAAACAAAAAGUUUAGCAGAAAUGGAUAAGGACUCAACUCUUGUGGGGUAGGGUGGGGAGGAGAGAGGUAGAGAGAGGCUUGUGAUUGAAAUACAUGUGAGUUCCCAAGGAAUUCAUAAAAAUAAAAGCCAAAAUCCAAGAGGUGUAGUGGGGCAGAGUCAAGGUGAGGAGCUGAGACUGGGGGAUGCCGAGCAGCCCCUGAUUUAGCUGCUGGGGCAACGGGAAAGGGCCAAUGUCUGAGAGCCCGUGAGGAUCGGCUGGCUCUCUGUGCAUCUCUUGGCUUCUGCAGGGGAAGGUGAGCAGACAGGGAGGCCAGAAGGAAGGAGAAAAGGAACUGCCAGUGGACUUCCUCAAAUGUGAACAGGUGGAGAGCGUCUGGAGCUCUUAGUUCCUACCUCAGUGGACAAAGAAGACUCCUGAGAACUCCCAAGAACUGUGAUAAGGACCUCACCAUGCCUACCUCCUUCCCGGAAUUGGAUCUAGAGAACUUUGAGUAUGAUGACUCUGCUGAGGCCUGUUAUUUGGGUGACAUCGUGGCCUUUGGGACCAUCUUCCUAUCUAUUUUCUACUCCCUUGUCUUCACGUUCGGUCUGGUGGGGAAUCUGUUGGUGGUCCUCGCCCUCACCAACAGCCGGAAGUCCAAGAGCAUCACUGACAUCUACCUCCUGAACCUGGCCUUGAGCGACCUGCUCUUUGUGGCCACUUUGCCCUUCUGGACUCACUACCUCAUCAGCCAUGAGGGCCUCCACAACGCCAUGUGCAAGCUCACGACUGCUUUCUUCUUCAUUGGCUUCUUUGGGGGCAUAUUCUUCAUCACCGUCAUCAGCAUCGACCGGUACCUCGCCAUCGUCCUGGCCGCCAACUCCAUGAACAACCGGACAGUGCAACACGGCGUCACCAUCAGUCUGGGCGUCUGGGCGGCGGCCAUCUUAGUGGCGUCGCCCCAGUUCAUGUUCACAAAGAGAAAGGACAACGAAUGUUUGGGUGAUUACCCCGAGGUCCUGCAGGAAAUCUGGCCCGUGCUCCGCAACUCGGAGGUCAACAUCCUGGGCUUCGUCCUGCCCUUGCUUAUCAUGAGCUUUUGCUACUUCCGCAUCGUCCGGACGCUGUUUUCCUGCAAGAACCGGAAGAAGGCCAGAGCCAUUAGGCUCAUCCUCUUGGUGGUUGUUGUCUUCUUCCUCUUCUGGACGCCUUACAACAUCGUGAUUUUCCUGGAGACUCUCAAAUUCUACAACUUCUUCCCUAGUUGUGGCAUGAAGAGGGACCUGAGGUGGGCCCUUAGUGUGACGGAGACAGUGGCGUUUAGCCACUGCUGCCUCAACCCCUUUAUCUACGCUUUCGCUGGGGAAAAGUUCAGAAGGUACCUGAGACACCUGUACAACAAGUGCCUGGCCGUCCUGUGCGGUCGUCCUGUCCACGCCGGCUUCUCAACAGAGUCCCAGAGGAGCAGGCAGGACAGCAUUCUGAGCAGCUUGACUCACUACACAAGCGAGGGAGAGGGAUCUCUCCUGCUCUGAAGGGGUCUCCCCGACCCCGACUCUACUAAGAACCCAGAGUUCCUGCAUCUGACUCUGUGUAAUGAAAACAGAUUCACACACACACACACACACACACACACACACACACACACACACACACACACCCCGCUCCUCCUGCAUUUUAUGUGCAAGAAAUACGGACCAGGUACCUGCAAAUCAAUCCCACAGUGUUUUUGAAAAAUUUAUGUUCAAAGUGUGAAAAACACAUGUGUCUCUCGUGCAAAUGUUGGGCAUUGGGGCUUACUUAGUGACAAAGAUUCUAACCAAAUUAGUGAAAUUACGAAGGGGUUGGGCUUGCUGUUUGCAAGAUCAUGUGGUAAGGGGUGACUAAGUCCUCAGACUGAAUGGGAGCCAAGGCUGGCUUCAAUGUUCCCUCUCUGACCUUCAGAUCGUUCAUAGUGACAGAUCAUCCUGGUUUUAUCCUCAGAGAGGGACCUUAUCUCUCUGAUUUCAAAAUCGGCAUUCCUGGGAACGCCUCUGUUGGCCAAGUGUGUGGGUGCCCAUCCCCUGACUAGGUGGUGUCAUUCAAACAGAAUGGAUACUUAAGAUGAUUUUGGAGUCUCAAGGUUAGAGGUUGAGAGAGAGACAUAUCUCUAAGAAGGCGGAGGGUGGGAGCUACUCCGACGAGACAGAACAAGAACGGCUCACCCGACUUACCGUGGAGCUCACUCAGGCUCUCCCUCGGUACCUCGCAGCGUCUACUGCCAGCUUCUUCAUUAAGCCUCUCUUGGGAAUGCCCUGAACUCACCAAGGGUUAGGGUUUGGGUUGCUGCCCACAGCAUCAAAUGCAGUCUCAAGGGCCUGGCCUCCAAGACCAGGGAGAUAGGAUGCGGUUCUAACAAGAGACUCCAUGCUGACUCCUCAUCCCCACAGGACUCCGUCCACACUGUUGGCCAGGUCCCCUCCAUUUGUCUUCACCUUCAUAUCUCCACUUCUCUCAGGCUAGGGGGAGAACUAGAGACAUGCCCCAGAGUGAAGGGACAGAUUCAUAUCCCAACUCUGUUGCUUGCACACUGGGGAGACCGGGGCCAACGGAGCUUCAGUCCCCUCGAUAUAGAAAGGGGACUGUGGGGCCUUCACCCAUUCUAGCAUGGCCCCUCAGCCAGGACUUUAGCAUUCACUGGAUCAGGCGCUGCUGCCCUACCUCUGAGAAAUGGAGCAGGUGGAGUGGGAAGAAACUGCAGGCUUUGUUGCAGGACACAGACAAGAGGAGACUCAUCCCUACAGCGUCCCUCAACAUUUGCCUACAUCUACAGAGCCAUUCAAAGCUCCAAGAAAAGACCCUGGCCAUGAGGGCAGCUUACUUUCUCCUCUGACCCUGCAAGCAUGUAGUUUCUAACCGCAGGAACGUUUUUGUGCAUUCACUGACUCGGGUCUCCUUUAUAGGCUGACAUUGAGAGAUGCAGUUCUGUAACUUGCUUUUUAAAGAAAAAAAGCACACUGGGUUUCAAAUAGCUCUCUGUCCCUGUGCUGACCAUAGUAACCAUUUCAGAAGUCUCUCCCAGAUGGCGGCCCCAUUGAGGAAGCUGUGGCCUGUUGCUCACUGCAGCAUGUCUGGUAUCUCCUUGGCAGUCUGCUUGUUUGUGUCAAGGAUGACAGACUGAGUCAUGUUCCCCCAACAGACAUGUCCAACCUUUUGUCAUUGCGACACAACGCUGUCGUCUACAAAGGUCACAACUGAGAACCUCAAAAUUGAGUUACCAAAGUGGAGGCCUGGUGAGAUGGCUCAGUGGUUAAGAGCACUGGCUGCUCUUCUGAAGGUCUGGGGUUGAAUUCCCAGCAACCACAUGGGGGCUCACAAUGGUCUAUAACGCCAGUUCCAGCUAACCCAACACCCUCUUCUAAUUUCUGAGGACACCGGACAUGUGCACUGUGAGCAGAUGUGCAAGCAGGAAAACACCCAUACAUAUAAAAUAAGUAAAAGAAAAAAAUGGUUCUUCAAGAUAGGUUCUCUCUAUGUAGCCUUGGCUGUCCUGAAACUAUGCAGACCAGGCUAGCCUAGAACUCAAAGAAUUCUACCUGCCUCUGCCUCCAGAGUACUGAGAUCAAAGGUGUGCAUCACCAUGGCAGGCUUAGUAAAUACAUUUUUUUAUUUUCAAAAGUAUCAUAUGAUGUUUUAAGUAAGUGUAGCUUUGGAGUUGGUCUGUAUUUACCGCUGUCCUGGGUCACAUGGUUAAACUUGUCUAUUUCACUUGUAAUUCUGUCAAUAAACUCUGGGUUUCCCUCCAGCUUUUAGCAAA